AUGGUGGCAACUUCACCGCUCUCCAAAGCUGAAUGUCUGAAGCGUUACUUGUCUGGGGCAGAUGCCGGCCAGGAAGGAGGUUCAGAGUCCCUUUGGAAGAGGCGCAAAAAAGGACCGAAGACGCAAGGCACCGCUGGAAAGGGAUUGCGGAUUGUUGAUGAUGAUGUGGGCUGGGCAGCUAUCUCUACCACUAAGCUGGAAAGGGAGGAGGAAGAGGAUGGAGAUUUGCCUGUGGUGGCUGAGCUUGUGGAUGAGCGUCCAGAAGAGGUAAAGCAGAUGGAGGCCUUCCGCUCCAGUGCCAAAUGGAAACUCCUGGGAGACCACAGUGGAGGUGGACAUUUCCAUCAUGAUGAACGAGAUCCAUCUUCUCCUAGGAGGGUUCGUCAUGACAGCCCAGAACCAUCUCUUCCCAGGAGGACCUGUCUCUCUCCUCCUCGAAGGAGUCCUCGUUCCGGGAAUAAGACUGUAUUUCGAGACAAGUCUGGUCGGAAGAGGAAUUUGAAGCUGGAACGCCUGCAGCAGAGGAGAAAAGCAGAGAAGGACUCAAAACGAGAUGAGCUCUAUGCCCAGUGGGGCAAAGGGCUUGCUCAGAGCCGGCAACAGCAGCAGAAUGUAGAGGAUGCCAUGAAGGAGAUGCAGAAGCCUCUGGCCCGCUCUAUCGAUGAUGAAGAUCUGGAUCGGAUGCUGAGAGAACAAGAAAGAGAGGGAGACCCGAUGGUCAACUUCAUUAAGAAGAAUAAGGCUGAGGAGAACAAGCAUAAGAAAGUGAGGCCUCGCUAUAAUGGUCCUGCACCUCCUCCCAAUAGAUUCGGUAUCGGUCCUGGCUACCGCUGGGAUGGAGUGGACAGAUCCAAUGGCUUCGAACAGAAGCGCUUUGCCAGGCUCGCCAGCAAGAAGGCUGUGGAGGAGCUUGCCUACAAGUGGAGUGUGGAGGACAUGUAG